AUGCAAUUUGCUACUGCUGCUUCGCUUUUCUUCUCUGUAGCACUUGCCCAAGGUGACUGGAGUGCUCCUCUCAGCAAACCUGCGAUCCACCCCAACCUCGACUUCAUUGAAGAUGGUCUCCAGCGCUAUCUGCCAGAAAUCUCCUUUACUCUGAACAAGUGGAACGACAACCGCAUUCCUCAAGAAUGCAAAACUCGCGUGGGUAAUGCAAAUGACUUUGACAUCUACGAGAUGCAUUACGACGAUUGCGCUGAGCCUUGGCUUCUGUGCCACAACCGAAACGCUCCUGUGAGCCCCGACACCAUCGCUCGCCAAUUCAGCAAAGUGCCUAUUGGCAUGCGUCAGUGGGUACGACUCCUGAUUGACGUCCCGGCGGGCAGCACGUCGGCUUACAACGCUGGGGGUACUAUCUACAUCAACAAUGCAAACGGUCGCAUGAUUAGUGUUCUGGUCCAUGAGACCGCCCACUCCACCAACAUGGGCGGCUUCCCCGGUGACAACUUCCAAAGUCUCUGGGACGGCUACCAGCAGGACCAGGGUGUGCCAGACAACUAUGCCAAGAGCAACAUGAUUGAGAACCUUGCCCAGGUUACGGUCGUGUCGGUGUUUGACGAGAACGUGCCUGGUGGAAUCCAGGCUGUUGAUCCCAACUGGUGGAAGAUGCAGAACCAGCUUCGCGCGAUGCAGAAGUACGGCCGACUGGGCGGCUCAACCACUACUCUUCACGUUCCUGGCCAGGACAAGGCAUGUGUCCACCACGUAUCUGUGGGCGCCAUUACCACUAAAUAG